AAAAAGAAGAAGAAAUUAAUAUGAUGCCAAAGAACUUAUUGUUGUCAGUACUAUCCACUUAUUGUUUUUCCUAUGAACUCGAGGAGAGAAUGAAGUUUGAGAGAGCAAGACCAUUCAUAGCCAUUGUCUUCAUACAGUGUUUGUACGCACUGAUGUCUAUAGUAGCAAAAUUAGCUUUGAACGCGGGAAUGAGCCCUCACGUCUUAGUUGCUUACCGAAUGGCAGUUGCUUCAGCUCUCAUUACGCCUUUCGCCCUCGUCCUUGAGAGGAACUCAAGACCAAGGAUGACCUUCAAGAUUUUGUUACAAAUAGCCAUCCUUAGUUUAUUUGAGCCUGUGGUCGAACAAAACCUGUAUUACUCAGGGAUGAAACUUACCACUGCCACAUUCACAUCAGCUUUGUGCAAUGCACUUCCUGCUAUGACAUUCAUUAUGGCCUGCGUUUUCAAACUCGAGAAGGUGACAAUCGAAAGACGUCACAGCCAGGCAAAACUGGUGGGAACCGUGGUGGCUAUUGGAGGAGCAAUGCUCAUGACAUUCGUGAAAGGGAAUGUCAUUGUGCUGCCUUGGACAAGCAACUCAAGGGGCCUUGAUGCGCAUUCACAUGCUAUGAUGAUUCCAAAGCAGGAAGAUAUAGCAAGAGGAUCAAUUAUGCUUGUAGCAAGCUGCUUCAGUUGGUCAUGUUACAUCAUUUUACAGGCAAAGAUUCUGGCUCAAUAUCAAGCUGAGCUCUCGCUAACAGCUCUUAUGUGCAUUAUGGGGAUGUUGGAGGCUACUGUUAUGGGACUGCUAUGGGAAAGGAAAAACAUGUCGGUCUGGAAAAUCAACCCGGACGUUACGCUUUUAGCUUCAAUAUACGGGGGACUUGUCUCAGGGUUAGCAUACUAUGUUAUUGGAUGGGCGUCAAAGGAGAGAGGGCCUGUGUUUGUGAGCGCGUUUAACCCGCUCAGCAUGGUUCUCGUUGCUAUUCUGAGUACCUUUAUUUUCAUGGAAAAAAUGUACCUAGGAAGGGUUGUUGGGUCAGUUGUCAUUGUCAUUGGUAUAUAUUUGGUACUAUGGGGUAAAAGCAAGGACAAAGGAGGGAAGCUUCAACCAAACACCGGAUGCGCAGAGACUGUGGUAAAGAUCGACCAACAGAAGGUUCCGACGCCUGAUAAUAACAAAGUAGUAUCCACCAGUUACCAGUUAAUGAUCCCAAAGGUAGCAGCUCGAUCUCAAGAGUCGGUCUAAGUUGGCGAUUUUGUUCCAGGAUCUCUAUAUAUUGCAAAAACAUUUUUGAUACUAUUGGUUUGCCAGAAUAAGAGCAAGCAAUGCGCUACAUAAAGUCUCAUAAAAGCUAAGAAUUUGGAGUUCUUGCAGUAGUUUAUAUACUUUAGUAAGAGAACUAGACUUCCCCAGACUUUAGCCGUCCACGGUUCUGAUUUACUAUUCGAAACUUUAGUUACAGAGAACAAGAAUGGACUUGGACAUCACUUACGACAAAAAGCCUGCCAGUUGAUAACUCGUCUUCUCAAGAGGCCAAAGUGACAUCAUCCUUCCCAUAGAUACGCUGAAGUUCAAGGCUGGCAACAUGAUAUGAAGCUGAAAAGAGACAAAAGUAGAACAAUGAUUGGCUUUUGUAUCUUGUUGUCAUGCUCUAAGCAGCUAUAUCUUUUUAAAAUGUCUAUGUUGCACUACUACCUUUCCAGGUGUUGAAAUUCUUAUGGUUGAUAUCAGAUCCUGU